CCAUGCCGGCCGCCGCGCCGCCCCCGCUCCACCCCGCGGCGGGCGCCUGCUGCCACUGCCAGGGACGCCAAGGCUUGUUGGACCAUUCACCACGCAACACAGGCUCAAAAGUAAAAGAGAGGAAACUGCAUGGGACUUGUCCUCCUGUUGGUCGUGGAAACUAUGAAAAACCAUGUUUGGGUGAAAGCAGCCACAGGUCCUCAUUUUUCAGCCCCCACAAUGGUUUUCACACGAUACAUUCAGAGCACAGUCCUGUGAAGCCAAGGAUAAUUACAGUGGUGAAACCCGGGGGGCGCACGCUCCGGAGGAUAACCUUGCUUCUCAACAGGAGAUCAGUGCAGACCUUUGAGCAGCUGAUGGCUGACAUUUCAGAAGCUCUGGGAUUUCCUCGCUGGAAGAAUGACCGUGUGAGAAAGCUGUACAAUCUGAGAGGCAGGGAAAUUCGAAGCGUUUCUGAGUUCUUCCGGGAAGGUGAUGCGUUCAUUGCUAUGGGGAAGGAGCCCCUCACUUUGAAGGACCUGGAGGUGGUAUUACAAGAACUUUAUCCUGAAAAUCCUUAUGCUGCCAGUGCUGCCAUUCAGACGAAUGAGGAGCAGUCCCAAAAACUGAAGAGCAGGCUGUAUGACAAGGCCUCGAAAGUAGACAGUGGCUUUGAUGAGACAGAAAUGACCAAGAACUGCAGCGAUGGCUUGUCUUCCCAGCUGGUAGCUGGACAUGAAGGAAAAAGUCAAACCAAGACAAAGCAAGAGGAAAAAAUGAGAACCAAAAAAAAGUGGACUAGAGAGAGCUGGGGUGGUGAGCAUGGAGCGAAGCCUUCUAGGAAAACACGGGAAAGUGAAAGGUACCUUAAGCAUGAGAGGAGUUCUGAGGAAGGCUUGGAAGACAGUUCUGAGGAGGUGCUGAGGUGUGAGAAGUGUGAACAGGAAAGGCAGGCCAGAGAAAAGUUACGGAGGGAAAGGCAGGCUGAGGCCUCGUUUGAGAAUAGAGACUUGAACACAGGCGUGUGUCAGAGAUACCACGUGGAAAGAAAUACAAAAGUCAGGAACAGCCGAAAGUCUCCCGAAACCUGUCUGGAGGGUGAGGAAGUUGGCUGGAAAGAUAAUGGCAGUAGGAGGAUGUGGAAGCCUCUACAAAGGAUUGUCAAUGAAGGGCUGGAGAAACAAAAAAGGAACAUUGAGAAAGAAAGGGAUGUUGAGAAGCAUGACAACCAUGGGAAGGAAGUAGUAAAAAUCAGGAAGAAUGCUGUAGAAGGGCUCCAGCUAUCUCAUGAGGUGAAGGAAGAUAAUGGUUGGCUAAAGAAAGACACUCUGAGGGAUGCUGAGAAAAUGUCUAAAACACAUAGAGAGGGCAGAGAGGGACAAAGGGCUAAAGAGGAAGCUGCCAGAAGAGAGGGGAAUGGCUCAUGUAGAGAGAGUGAUGUGACUCGACGAGAAAAGACAGGGGAGCGCAGAGUGAGUAAGGAAGACAACAAAACUCAGGGAUUGGAAAGCACAAGCCGGAGGCACGCCAUUAAAAGCAGAACAGAUGUGGAAAAGCACUAUGAGAUUGGCAGAACUAUUGGGGAUGGGAACUUUGCAGUGGUGAAGGAAUGCCGCCACUGUGAUUCCAAUCAGAUCUAUGCAAUGAAAAUUGUUGAUAAAUCCAAGCUGAUGGGGAAGGAGGACAUGAUGGAAAGUGAAAUCCUCAUUAUUCGGAGUCUCUCUCAUCCCAAUAUAGUAAGCUUAAUUGAGGUGUAUGAGACAGAAGCUGAGAUCUACUUAAUCUUAGAGUAUGUCCCAGGAGGGGACUUAUUUGAUGCAAUCAUAGAAAGUGUGAAGUUCACAGAGCAUGAUGCUGCUGUCAUGAUCACUGACCUGUGUGAAGCCCUGGUUUAUAUUCACAGCAAGAACAUUGUCCACAGGGACCUCAAACCAGAGAAUCUCUUGGUUCAGCACAAUGCAGAUAAAUCUACUACACUGAAACUGGCAGAUUUCGGCCUUGCUAAGCAGGUUACAAAACCCAUAUUUACUGUCUGUGGAACACCAACGUAUGUUGCUCCUGAAAUACUUGCUGAGAAGGGCUAUGGCCUCGAAGUAGACAUGUGGGCAGCUGGUGUGAUCCUUUACAUCCUGCUCUGCGGUUUCCCCCCCUUCCGCAGUCAGGACCGUGAUCAAGAGGAGCUGUUUCAGAUCAUACAGCUGGGUCACUACGAGUUCCUGUCCCCUUACUGGGACAAUAUUUCUGCAGCAGCAAAAGACCUCAUCACCAGGCUGUUGAUAGUGGAUCCCCAGAAGCGCUACACAGCACGUCAGGUACUUCAGCACCCCUGGAUCAGGACAGCCGGGAAAACCAACAGCAGGAAUCUGCAGAGGGAAGUGACAAUCAACAUCGAGCGCCAUUUCCGGGCCCAGCGCCGAAAGGAAGUUGUUGAUGAGGGCACAUGAAAUCUUUCAAGCUCAUUUUGUCUUCUUUUUAUUGAUUAACCAGUCAUUUAUGUUUUCUUUUCUAAAUGAAUUGGGAAUUUAAUGUGUAGCUGUUGGUGGCUAUUGCCAUGCCUUUUUUUUUUUGAUUCUGAGAUUCUGGAGGACAGAGAUCACAUUCACAUCCACCUCCUCUGAUGUUACUUGCUUUCUCUCUGUUGAAAGCAGCGGGGACUAGAUGAAUUCUGGAGGGUGUCUGUUCUUUUCUUUAAGUACUGAUUAGGGCUUUUACAUCUUUUACAAACGUUUGCUUCUGUGACUCACACUAGUGGUGAAUCUUCUCUCAUCCUUUUUGUAUGAUAUCCUCCAGGAGUUUUGUGUUUGUAAUGUUUUCAAAAUAGCUGUCUGCAUACAUGUCUUGCACUAAUUCUUUAAAGAGUCUUUUCACUAAUUCCUUCUAGCCACAGAGAAGGAAGAAUAAAAAGUAAAUAAAUUGUUGAGCUGUAGGAAAUGUUAAAUGAACAGCCAGAUACUGUAUUUAUUAGGUUGUGAGGGAAUACAAACCCUCAUUGACUAAAUCUUACGUUUUGUGAUAUCUCCUUUGGUGACAUCUUUCACACUGGUUGUUCAGGGUAAUAGAUGGUACAAUGUUCCUUUUACAAGAAGGUGGUGCUGUCUACUAUGUAGGUUUCAUUUGUUUUUAGAAAAUGGAAGAUAUGGCUGAUACCUUUUCAAGAUUCAAAUAAUAACAAGUUUCAAAGAGGUUUUCUUCCUUCUCUGGGCAGUAGAAAGUUAAGCAGUUUUAAGGGCACUUUGCUUCUUUUUUCAAAAUCACAGUUAUGGAAUGGUAACUCAGUCAAUUUUCCAUAUUGAGUUUUUUCCCUCUUGGAGGCAUCCAUGUGCAUCUGUGACUUUUCCAUGCUGGUGGAGAAGAAAAAACUUGGAAGUUGGGACUCAAGUUAACCCUUGCCUUCAUAGUUUCCCUUUCAUCAUCACACUUUUUCAGUGUAGUUUAGCAAUUGUUUUGUUUGUUUGGUUGGGUUUUCCCAUCUCUUGCCCUUCCUGUGACCUUUUCUCCUUGCUUCCAUGAGAAUAGGCAAUGGGAUGAAAUUAAAUGAAAAUCCAGCUUGAGGAAAAACAACUUCUUGGCUGUGGAGAGGUCUCCCAGGGGAAGCGUCAGAUGCUCUAUUGCAUGUGGUUUUUAAUAUUUUUAUUGGAUGCGGUUUUAAAGAAAUUCUGUAGGGGAAAAUUACAGCCCAGAGAGGGGCCAUGACCUAAACCAGCUUUUGAAUCUCAGAACUUUUGAUUAAUUAAUUAAAUUAAAAAAGCACUUGAGUUUUCCAUUUUAUAAUUCUUUGUCCUCAAGUUCUAUGUGUUAGCAAAUAAUAUUGAUGUUAGAAUGUCAGUGGUGUUGGCACUGAAUACACAGCCUGUAGAAAUGAAGGAAGGUAUUUUACACUUGGAGAGCUGCUGCUCUGCCUAUGUAUUUCAUAGUGAGAAAUGUCAGAAGCAUUUCAGAAUCAGUGGAACAUUUUCACAACUAUAUAAAACCAGAAUAUUAUUUUUUGGUGAGUGCUAAUAUUUUGUGUGAACUUGCUGAAUAACCAAAAAGUGUAGGGUGCUGUCAUCACGUUUCUGUUUCAUCUUGUGACUGUUUUUCUGCAAGAAUUAUGUAUAAAAGUAGAGAUUACUUGACUCUUAAAGGAGAAUUGCACUUUAAAUUGAAUUAGCUUAUUUCUAAUACUUACUGGAAUAAGACUUGCUGUGGAGUUCAAGAAUUGGUGAAACAAACCAAUCAAAUAUUUUCUGUAUGCCCAAGUAGUAGCUCUGUGAUAUGUCAUACUUCUGCUUUGGAGUCUCUGAGUCAGGAAGACUUCUCCUUUUCCUGAAAACAAGAAUGGAUUUAAGUGCUUCCCUGAGUGAAGGGAACCUAAUGUAACCUAAUAUUAUAAAAGCAUUACAUUGUAAUUGAGUACUAGUAAUAAUGUAUCCUCUGUCAAUUUAAGUCUAUUUUGGAUAGGAAACUGUGGAAAAAUCGUUUCUGAUGUGCAAUAUUAUAUUUUGUAAUUAUCUUAUUUUUAAUAUAGUUGUUUAGGAAUAAAGUCUGAAGUGACAAAAAGUAUUUAAUCAACAAUGAAUCAGAAAGUUUGGAGAUUGUGUUACAAGUUGCCUUUUUCACCUUUAAGAACCUGUCUGCAGCCUUAUUCAUAGUGCAGAAGAUGGAGAAUUUGCUUGUAAUGAUUAUAAAAGUAAUUAUUUUUCAAU